AUGGCCUCGACUGACCGCAGUACAGCUGCGGAGUCGAGCGACACCAGGGACGAUUCCCCGCAGGACGACACCUAUGCCGCUCCCUACGGUCGCUCCUGCUUAGACUGCUCACAGGCCAAGUGCAAGUGCAUCUACUCCAAAGCCAACGGGAAAUGUCAGAGGUGCCAACGCUUGGACAAGGAAUGCCGUCAGCCCGCUACUACCCGCCGCUCGACCACACGAAGAUCAGCCGUCUCUAAGAGCACAUCGAAGACAAACCGGCUGGAGGAUAAGAUAGAGAACCUGGUUGCGCUGCUCCGGGCAGGCAUACAUCCUGCAAAUGCUUCUACAAGUUUACUCAGAGAGCUGGCGCAAUUACCCGAGAACCAGAAGUCCACCGGCAUCAAUGCUGUGUCGCCACCAGGCCAUUCUGACAUCUCUAUGAAUAGCUCAGGACCUAGCUCCGUUUACACACGCCUCACGAAUGGCACAGAGUCGACACCAGAAGCUAGCCUGUCGGACGGCGGAGGAGGCUCGUUAUCGACAGGCGUCUCAGCCGAGCAUGAAAUGGAGCCAACAGGCGUUCAGGCAGAGGAAUAUUUUACUGUGUUUCUCACUCAAAUGCUACCGUACUUUCCGUGCAUAUACGUUCCACCAGGCACUACUGCGCAGAAGCUCCGUCGUGAUAAACCUUUUACAUGGGUUUGUAUCAUGGCUAUCGCGUCCAAAAGCAGCGCACAACGUCGCAUUCUCUUUGAUCGAAUCAAACAAACGGUUGCGCAAAGAUUAGUGCAUGAAUACACCUGUCGCGAACUUGAUAUGCUUCAAGGGAUUCUCCUAUAUCUUGGGUGGUCCAAUCAGCAAGUCUACAACAAAGCCAACAUAUACGUAUUUGCACAGUUAGCAAUGGGAAUCGUCUACGAAAUGGGUCUAUUCAACCCAGAAGCGAAGGGGAAGCAUAUGUUGCUUUGUGUUCAUCCUGAGCCGCACGAGAACCGUACGGCACCCCCGCGCCAGGUUAUGGAGGAGCGCAGAGCUGUUCUGGGAAUCGCAACCUUUCUGCAGCAGAGUGACUCUUUGCGGUGGACACCUCAUUUGGAAGACUGUCUUCGCCUCCUUGAAGAGCAGCAAGAGUGUGCCAAUGACGGAAUUCUUGUGCAGCAAGUUCGACUUCAAUUAGUCACGGACAGGCUCAGUUUGGGUAGUAGGUAUGGAGGUUCAGCGAGCGUUGAGUCGAUGCGACCGUCGCCUUCCGUUCCACAGACCAUCUACGAUGCCUGUUACUCAUCUGCUCUAGAAAUUGUCCUCUUGCAUCAUUACAACACCUCGCUGAGUCUCUAUGAAUCUGCGCUCCCAAAGGGUGCCAUUUCAUCAACUGUUAAUGUGACGUACGAGCACCUUGACUACCUGUAUGGUUGCCUCGACGCCACAAAGUCGUGGUUUGAUGUAUUCCUGAGCAUACCGCCCGGGGAAUACAUUGGAUUUACCUUCGCCGUGUUCGCCCAAAUGGUCCAGAAUCUGGCCACUCUCUUCCAGCUCUCCACUCUGGAGAGUUCACUUUGGGAUACGACUAAUGUUCGACGAACGGCCGAUAUCUUACAGAUUUUGGACACGAUCGUCAGCAAUAUGAGCCUAGUUGCGACCAUUAAUGGCCUGGAUGGAGAUCCUGGAGCAGAUAUCUUCUCUACAAUAGCUCAGACAUAUCACGCCGUCCGCGUGGGAUGGGAAACCAGGCUCUUUACUAACCCCAUAAGUUCAUCUGUGGUGGAUUCAGUCCCACAACUUAAUCACACUCUUCCCGAUAUCCUCACUACCCCGGCUGAUCCUUUACCACUGAUUGGGGAUAAUGAUUGGUUGACAGAUGCGCUGAACACCAUGAACCGCAAUGAGAAUGGAUGA